UGUUCUGUGUUUCGUUUCUCAAUGCCGGUUAUUAGAUAUCAUUUCAGUCGAUUUACCGUCGCCUAUCGUUCUUCAGUUUGUCAUCAAUUUGGCAUUGGAAAGCUGACAAAAAUACGCAUUUGAAGUAAUCAUUUAUAAUCUGUCUAGUUCAUCAGUGUUGUAAUAUUAUAUGACCUCACCAUGAAUUUGGGCGAUUGGAGACCCCAGGAAAGUAUUAUAAAGAACAUCGAAGAAACCCUUCAGUUAGCACUAGUUCCAAACAGCGAUGCCCAAAAAACUGUGCAGGACAGACUUAUCCUUAUGCAAAAUUUGACAGAUUUCCCCAACUAUUUGUUAUUCAUCUUGGGAAAUUCUGGAUUUACCGAAGAUAUCCGGUCCUUGAGCGGAAUAUUGUUGAAAAAUAACAUUCAAAUUACUUAUAGUAAUUUGAGCUUGGAUAGUACACAGAAAAUUAAAAACGAAUGUCUUCGCCUAUUGAAAGAUCCUUCUCGUGAAGUGCGAACCAGCAUCAGCAAUAUAAUUGUUAUUAUUGCUAAAGACAACCUGAAAACUUGGCCAGAACUGGUACCUUUUUUGACGAAUGGGUUUGUCGCUCAAGAUGAAUAUAGUGAAAUAGCUCUUACGACGUUAUUUAAAGUUUGUGAAGAAUUGAUCAAUAGUCAGAAACCCCAAGAGGAAAUUUACAAAAUAACCAAAGAAGUAUUUCCAAAAUUUGUUGAAUUUGUUGGUGUCGAAAAGUGUUCCGUUCGUCAAAAUAUAGUGCGGCUUACAAAUCAAUUUUUACAAGACUAUUUUCUGGUUAUGAAACAGUCUAUCGACUUGGGAAUUUACUUGAGACAUGUGAUACAGUUGGCAAACACGGACGAUGUUGAAUUACAGAAAAAUGUUUGUCACACUUUUGUUAUUUACAUUGAAAAUCACGAGGAAUCAUUGCUACCUCAUUUACAUAAUAUAAUUUGCUAUCUAUUAGAGAAAUGUCAUCACGAGGAUCAGGACGUUGCUUUGCAGGCUUGUGAAUUCUGGUUGGCUUCUACGAAAAUCAACAGCUGUAAAGAUAUUUUGGCGCCAUACAUUGAAAAACUUCUUCCGACUCUUCUAAAGAAUAUGCAGUACUCUGUUAGUGAACUGAACAUGAUCAAGGAUAGCCUUGGCUCAGAUGCAAAUAAGAAAGAUUUGUCCAAAGAUAUUUCCCCUUUUCAUUUUCGGGACAGAAAUAAUGCUGCCGAAGGUGAAGAAUAUUACAGCGAUGAUGAAACUGAAGAGCAGACUGAUGAUUUUGAUGAUUUUUAUGUAGGUUGGACAUUGAGAAAGUGUAGUGCUGCAUCUCUAGACUCCAUUGCGGUAAAGUUUGGAGAUGAAAUAUUACCGUUGCUCAUUCCUCUCAUUAGUGAAAUGUUACAAAAUCCAGAUCAUUUAGUCAAAGAAUCUGCUAUACUAGCUUUAGGUGCAAUAGCAGAGGGGUGUUUCAACGGAUUAAAGUCUGAAUUGCCUGAAUUGAUCCAAUUCUUGAUUUCUUGCAUGAACGAUGAACAUUCUGUUGUUAGAGUAAUCACAUGUUGGACCUUGAGUCGGUAUGUAUCGUGGAUUGUUAACGUCAGAGCUGAAAAUCCUGAAGAGUAUUUUGUACCAGUCAUGACAAUUUUGUUGAAACAUUUUAUUGAUGAGAAUAAACGUGUACAGAGAGCUGCUAUUUCAGCAUUCUGCAUAUUCCAAGAAGAAGCACAACUGAAACUCAUUCCUUACAUAGAUUUCAUAUUAGAAGGUUUCAAAUAUGGUUUUGAACAGUUUCAUUGCCGAAGCUUAUACUUACUCUACGAUGCAAUUGGUGUUUUAGCACAAUCAGUAGGAAACCAUUUGAGUAAAGAUGAAUAUGUCAGUAAAUUAUUACCACCACUGAUGAAUAAGUUCACAGAACUGAAAAAUUUCUAUGAUGAUCACUUUAUUGCUGUACUGGAAUGUCUAUCUAAUGUGAUCCCUGCUUUAGAAGUAUCAUUUUUACCUUUUUCCGAAAUAGUUUAUUGGCAUUGUUUGCAGCUAAUUAAUGAUACCCUUAUCGCUUCUGUCAAUUACCAGCAAAACCCAAAUGAAUAUGAUCCUCCAGACAAAGAACCUAUGAAUGUGGCUCAUGAUGUUCUUUACAGUAUGGCUUUGGGGCUGAAAACCCAUUUUGUUAAAUAUGUUACUAAUAGCAAUUUAAUUUAUCUACUCUAUACAACUAUGCAAGAUAGUUCUAAUCUAAUUCGACAGACUUCUAUUGCUUUGUAUGGCGAGCUCAUAGGUUUGUGCUAUGCCUUUUUGGCACCUAAUGUAAAUGAGUACAUACCCCUGAUCAUUAAGAAUUUGGACGAGCACACUGAUGGUGUCUGCAACAAUGCUGCAUGGGUUAUUGGAAAGUUGUGUUCAGUGAUGGGCAACGCAAUUCAACCAUUUCUUCCUGAAAUAUUGAAUGCUUUUGUUCACAUAUUACGUACCCCAGCAGUUGCACGAACAAUGCACAAAACUGUAGCAAUCUCACUAUGUAUUGUAUUCUUUGUGUGCCCAGAUGUAACCGUUUCUGAUAUGGACGUAAUAGUCAAGAAUUGCUGCAUGUUGGUCAGAAACGUGCGGGACUCUGACGAGAAAGACUUGGCUUUCCGUGGCUUGAGCGAAGUAAUUGUUCGCCAUCCGGAAUUUAAUAAAAAUUAUUUCAUUUUCUUUUGUGAUGCCGCUGCUUCUUGGAUCAACAUUAGAGUUGAUCUGAAGCAGAUGAUUAGAAGUGUGUUGCUUUCCUUCAAGCAACAGUGUGGAGACGAGAACUGGAGACACUUUCACUCCCAGUUCCCAGAGCCUUUAAAAGUCAAACUUCAUGAUUUAUAUGGGGUAUGAAUUAAAUAUAAAUUAAAUGGGGAAAAAAGAAAUGGGUGGGAAAGCUUGAGUGCACCUGCCUUGAGUUUAUCGCGUAAUAUUUUCGUAUCGUCCGCGAGGGAGGGGCGUUUGCCAAUAACUUAGAGUCACGCGUUUAAAUGAAAUCCAGAGAGAUUUUCAUGAAAUAUUAUUUUGUUUACCGUAUAACAUUUCUGUCGUCCGCGAGGGGAGGGGCGUUAACAAGUACUAGAGUCACGCGUUUCGAAAUGAAGAUUUAUAUUUGUUUAUAUCUUCGUCCGCGAGGGUGGGGCGUUUUAUGUUAUUUUCGUCCGCGAGGGAGGGGCGUCUUUUGUUAUUUUCGUCCACGAGCGAGGGGCGUUUUCAACAAAUUCUAGUUACGUGUUAUAUGACAUAUAUAUUCACAUAGUGAAUAAAUCAUUUUGUUGAAGUACUUACCUAAUCUAACUUUUUUGUAGAGGUUUUGGUAAAACUUUAGUAUUUUUUCCAUAUCGUACAAAAAUAUAGGCAUACUUUUAAUCAACUUUAUUCAUUAAUAAUUUCAUUAAAGAAUAAAUAUGAAUUUCAUAGAUACAUUUAUAUUUUUUCUCCCAGAGAUUUUUCUGUUAUUAUUAAUGAAUAUAUUAUUGAUACAUUAGUUCGAUAAUAAUUAUAGUUAUCACUAACUAAAACUCACUCUUAUAUCGAUAUGUGUAUCUUCUACAAUGAAAUGACAGGUUGCAAUAGACUUGAUGAAUAUUUUUUGGUUGUAAAAUUGUUUGAUUUCAUUAAUUUGGCAUUUCUGUAAAAAGUUUUUACAAAGAAUUGCUGGAGAGAAAAGGUGCUAAGAGAUACUAAAAGACUUUGUAGUUUGCAAAAACUUGUUACUGAAUUGCAUAUUACAUUUUAGUUUUAUGAAGUCGCCAAAUUUUUAUUUCUGUAGGUAAUGCACAUAAUAAAUUUUUUUAUUUUAA